AUGGCUGAGAAGGCCGAUGAUUUAUACCUCCCAAAUGCAGUACUUCUACGAAUUAUCCGUGAAUCACUACCUGAACGUACUCUUGUCAGUCGGGAAGCGCGCUCAGCAAUUAGUAAAUCAGCUAGCUCCUUUAUACUUUAUGUAACAUCACUAGCCAGUGUACACUGUGAAAAAUCUAAACGUAAAACGUUGACAGGAAGUGAUAUAUUAGCUGCUUUAAAAGAAAUGCAGUUUGACCAUUUUAUACCAGCUUUAAAUACAUUUUUAGAUAAAUAUCGUGAGCAAGUGAUUGUGAAAAAAUCGAAUAAACGUUUACAUAAUGAAAAUGAAGAAGAAAUACCUGCUAACAGGCUGUCCAAAAUUCCAUCGUCUUCAACAUCACACCUAAAACAUCGCGACAGUGAUGUUGCAACAGUUGAUGAUGACGAUGCUGAUGGUAUUUGUGAUGAAGAAAACGAUGAAGUGGAAGAUUUAGAAGCGAUAGAUGGAGAUACUGAAGAAGUCAUUGAAGUUAUGGAUUCUAAUAUGAAAGAAGCUGCUGCUGUGAGAAACCAUCGACUAGUUAGUGGUAUUAGUGAUGUUGAAGAUGAUGGCAGUUCGCAAAGCACAGAAGCUUUGAAUGAAAAUGAAGAUUUAUUUUAA